GGCCCCUUUGUUCCUUCAUUCUGGAGGGUGGCCCAUAGGGCCCAGGAGGGUAUAAAGGGCCAGGUGGAGGGCGCCCAGGUACAACAAGACUCCCCAGUGCCAGGACUGGACCACAAGACUCUCCAGGCCAGGUAAGACAGUGCCCCCUGCCAUGGAUGGACCAACGAGAUCGGGUGGGACCCAUCUCUGAGAGUCAGAUGGCCUGUUCUCUUCUCUCCAGGAGGCCUUCACUCGCCAGCCAGAAGCCAUGCUGCUAUGGCUGAUCCUCACCCUUCUGUGGAGCCCCACCUGCUGGGCAGGGCAGAUGUACGGGCCCGGAGGAGGAUGGCAUUUCAGUACCUUUAAAGACUAUGAAAAUGAAAUCACUGGGAUUUGAGUGUUUGUAGGUGCUAUCGGCAUAUUUAAGAGUAUCCAGGUGAGGUUUGGAUCCUGGAGUGAAAAAUAUGGAGUCUCAGGUGCGAAGCCCCAGGAAUGCCUCCUGCUGCCAGGUUAACACAUUAUAGAAAUCUACGGCUCCUACAAGCUUUUCCUCCAGCACCUGGUCAUAUACACCGACUUUGAGUGCUGGAGAGGAAGCACUUCCACACUUGGAGAGGAAGGUGGCAGGACCUUUUUUGACUCCCCAGGUAACAGUAAGGAGGUGCUCACUGGAAUCUUUGAGCAUUACAGGCUCCUGGGCAUUUCCAGUAUCGGCUUUGAGUGGGAUUAUCCUCUAGUAACCUUGAACUCUGUUCCACCAGAUAGCACCACAACCUAAAAGAAAUGAGUGCUCCUGGGUCUCCAGGGC